CCUUCCGCCUAUGCCCAACCUUUUAGCUAUGAUGCGGAAAGUUCACAGCUGUGUCCAAACUGUUGUAAAUACCCAGCUGCACUCAUUGUUUAACCCAGACUCUGACAUUAUGAGUGAGAAACGAGAAAUCAUAUACUCCAUAUCCUAUGCCCAAAAAUUUCUAACACAUGCAAGGAAUACACAACUGUGUCCACAAUCAUUAGAAUGUUGCGGGGAGUAUGCAGUCAUAUUGCAAAAACACACCAUAAUCUAA